AACUAAGGGUAGACUCAGUCUCACUAGACUGUAGAUCUAUACAAAAGUUUAGUGUAGUUGAGGAAACAUGAAUCCCUUUGGCUUUGUCUGUACAUUUGAAAUGAAGCCUUUUGCUGAAGGACGGUUUCGCUCAGCUUAUAAAGGAAUUUGGACAACUCCAGAUAAGUUUGGGAAGUUGUGUGUUGUUAAAAAGAUGAGGUCAGGAGCAGUGUUCACUCCAACAGCUUGGGAUUGUACAUUGAAGAUUUAUGACAGAGCUAGAACACUAGCACAGCAGUUCAAUAGGGGAAAAUAUUCAAAUUUUCCAGUACAAUUUACUGACACAAGCACACUUACAGUGAAUGGCUCAUUCCCACCUAGGUCUGAGAACAUCACAAUGCCAGCAUUUGUUCACUGGAGCUGGCUAUAUACAAAAGGGCAAGAAAUGGUGUGUGAUCUUCAAGGAACUCGUGAUGAAAAUGGCUAUCAUUUGACUGACCCUGUAAUCCUCUCACUUAACAAUAUGUAUGGUGAGACAGACAUGGGAAUAGAGGGUAUGGCCAUGUUUUUCAUGAACCAUGAAUGCAAUGAUAUCUGUAAGGGAUGGAGGAGGCCUCGCUUUGAGUCUUUCAAAGGAAGGAUUCCAGGAGUAACAUUAGCAGCUUGUAAACAUGUGCAGCACCAAGUCAAUAAUGCCACUUCGUACAGGUUUGACAUGAGAUUCCCUCAACCCAUUAAAGAUAUUGUUACAAGAGUGUUUCUGGAAACUGCUCAAGCUUAGAGCUAACUUAAACUUAAGAACAAUAGUAUACAUUUUUAGCUGCAUUUUUAAAGUAUUGAGUGUUAGUAAACUAUAUAGAUCUAUCUAGCUGCUUUUUUGAACAAAUAUUUGUUUGUAUGAUAUUUAAAGAAUAAAGACUUUAUGAUUUAUUGUCUCUUAUAUUUUGAGAGUUUAUAUUCAUAUCCAGUUUUAUAACCUUA